AUGGCCGUGGCAAGCGAGGUCUCCCCCGUCAGGGAACACUACAUCAACCAACUCACCUCUUUCGACAAGUUCAUUGCAAGCCUCGGCAAAAGCGAACGCCCAACAGACUUCCAGCUUGUGGAUUUCGCCGACCUCGAGAUUCUCGGGUCCCUCCCCGGCAAGACGGGAGCAAGAAUCGUCACUAAAAAAGCUUCCGGCCUUACCCCACAAGCCAACUUCGUCUUCAAGGGCAUGGACUUUGACCAGUACGAGCGAGACAGCAAAGACUUUAAGGAACACCAAGAAAAGACCCUCCUCCACGAGAUCCGCACCUUGUGCACCCUGCCGCCCCACCCGAACAUCAUGCCCUGCCCCAAGGUCCUCGUCGUCGUUCAAGAUGGGGACAAGAAGUACCGCAUCUGCGGCUUUUUGCAACCGGUCCUGAGCAAAGACUCCCUCGACGAGCAAGUCAUGCGCGCCAACAGGGCCGCCCGACGUCUCCCGCUGGAUCUCAAGGCCAAGUGGUGCUACCAGAUGGCCCUAGCGAUUCAACACACCCACCAAGUCGCCGAGAGUUUCCACAUGGACCUGAAGCCCGGCAACAUCCUCGUAGACGACCAGAACAACCUCCGGCUCAUCGACUGGGAGCAGAGUGGAUUUUCCAUGUUUACGCACCCGCCCGAGGUCACCAUCGACCAGGAGGCCGAAGAGUCGUCCGUCUCCACUGGCACGAACGGCAGGCAAGUGGUCAUCUAUACACCCCACACCGGCGCGCCGCGGAGAAACCAGAAGUGGGGAUUUCCGGACUGGAACGUCCUUCCGGAGUGGAAGACGACGUGUCCCCGGGCCGCGGAGCUGGCGGAGGUGUUUAGUCUGGGUAGGACGAUGUGGAUGCUGCUCGAGCAGGUCGAGCAGUCUCCGGACCCUACGGUAUGGACGGCCAUGGCGAUGGACGUCCCGAAGGAGUGGCAAAACAUGAUUAUGCGGUGUGUUGGGAGGGACCCGAACAGCCGGCCCGAAUUAGACGAGGUGGUUGACUUUUGGCGAAAGCAGUUGAGCUAG